AUGGCUUCAUCACCCAAGUCGGUUCCCGUCGAAGGCGGGAACGACAGUAAUCCACCAGACGCCUGGAAGAAGCUUACUACAGAAGUAGACAAGCAAAAUGGGCCCAAAAAUGGAGGAAAGCAACAACGGAAACCACAGAAACACCAGCAACAACAGCAACAAUCACAACGCUGGAAUAGGAAGCGGAAGGAGCCGUCCCCAGUACCAGAGGGCGUGGCCCAGUUCAACUUGUCAAAGAGAGAAAGGGCCAAGCUCAGGCGGAAAGGCUUGCUUACCGUGGUUGAGGGCACGCAUGACGAUGUCCUAGCACAUGAUCUUAAGGACUUGAUGGCCAGGUUGACACUGGGUGAUGUCGCCAGAGACGGUGAACAAGCAGCGCCAGGCGCAGCAGAGACAGUCACUGAGAGUCAGAAUGCCGAGGGCGCCAAGGCGCCUGCGCUUCCAGAACCUGGCACUGAGAUUGAAGUCAAGGUUUUGGAGCUGUCGUCCACUGGUGAUGGGCUGGCUGUCCAAGAAGGCUCGAACCAGAUAUACGUGCUGUCAUUUGUAGUGCCGGGCGAUGUCGCCAAAGUCAAGGUUUUCCGUCACGAAAAGACGCACAGCGCGGUCGACCUUGUAUCGAUUGUGACGCCGUCACCGCAACGCGACGACAAGAGGGUCAUCUGCCCCCAUUUCUCACGCUGCGCUGGAUGUCAAUUUCAGCCAAUGUCUUACGAAGAUCAACUCGCCCACAAACGCAAAGUCGUUGAGAAGGCGUUCAAAAACUUUUCAGAUCUGCCUCCUGAGCUCAUCCCAGCUGCCGGGGAGACUAUAGGUAGCCCUCUACAAUACGGCUACCGCACCAAGCUCACGCCUCAUUUUGGCAUGCCGCCGGGUGCCAGGAGAAAACAUGGCCCACCAGUUCGACACCAAGAAGUUCCACCCAUCGGCUUUAUGCUGAAGGGUAGGAAGACUGUGCUUGACAUUGAAGACUGUCCUAUCGGCACUGAGGUUGUCAACAAAGGCAUGAAGCGGGAACGCGCGAUUGUAGCCUCCAAAUUCGACACCUAUUCUAACGGCGCAACCAUUCUACUCCGUGAGAGCACUGAGAGGUUCUACAAGAAGGAAGUUUCCGAGGUGCCAAUACCAACAUCAAUUGGUGAUGAUCAGGUCAGGGUCGAAACGGAUGAUUACGUCGACAUCAAGUCAUGUGUCAGCGAAGGCAGUCAGUUGGCAACCGAAUAUGUCGACAACUUCGUGUUCAAGAACAAGGCCUCCUCGUUCUUUCAAAACAACAACUCGAUCCUGCCCUCCCUCACCAACUAUGUCCGCGAGAAUGCCAUCUCAUACGACAAUAGCGAGGGAAAGCCUUCCAUUGUCAAUCUUAUCGACGCCUACUGUGGCUCAGGUCUGUUUUCAAUCACGUGCGCUCCUCUGUUCAUGUCCGACCAGGUCAACGGCCGUACCAUCGGCAUCGACAUUGAUGGCCAGGCUAUUCAGAGAGCAGGCCUGAAUGCUAAGCUGAACGACUACCCUGACGGAAAGUGCGAGUUUAUUGAAGCCGACGCACCGAAGCUGUUCCAGAAGCUCAAAGGUUUCAAUCCGGACGAGACAGCCGUGGUUAUCGACCCUCCACGAAAAGGUUGCGAUAUAUCAUUCCUGACCCAGCUGCUUGUCUUCAAACCGCAGAGGUUGGUCUAUGUCAGCUGCAAUGUACAUACCCAGGCUCGGGAUGUUGGCAUCUUGGUCCGCGGCUAUGUUGAUGGUCAACCGGCUCCUGUCGGUGGUGCUCGGUAUAAGAUCGAAAGCGUCCGUGGUUUUGAUUUGUUCCCCCAAACAAGCCAUGUCGAGGGCGUGGCGGUGCUGACUAGGGUGGACGACGGUGUUGACGCUCCAAUGUCUACUUAA